CGCCGGUUGCCAGGGUGAAAGGUCAACGCGCCGGCGGCACUCCCAACAUGGCUGCCGCCCGGGCUGUGGCGCGGGAUCCAGGAGCUUAUGCGCGGCAGCCACCGUCUCUUCGAGCCGCGCGGCUGCCGCGGCUGCUCUUCCUGCUGGCGGUGGUGGCGGCAGUGGGGCCCCGGGAGGGCGGCGGGGCGCGGCUCUACCGCGAGGGCUCAGACGCCGUGUGGUUGCUGGACAGCGGCAGCGUGCGGUCGGCCACGGGCAACAGCUCAGCCGCGUGGCUGGUGCAGUUCCACUCGUCGUGGUGCGGCCACUGCAUCGGCUACGCACCCACCUGGCGAGCGCUGGCGGCGGACGUGCGAGACUGGGCUGCUGCCAUCCGUGUUGCUGCUCUGGACUGUGCAGAAGAAAAGAACCAGGAUGUGUGCCGCACAUAUGACAUCCACUUCUACCCCACCUUCAGGUAUUUUAAAGCAUUUACAAAGGAGUUUACAACGGGAGAAAAUUUUAAAGGACCUGACAGGGAGCUGCGGACAGUCAGGCAGACAAUGAUCGACUUCCUGCAGAACCAUACUGAGGGCACCUGGCCUCCUGCAUGCCCACCCCUGGACCCUAUUCAGUCCAGUGACAUCCUUUCCUUCAUGGAUAGCCACAGUGGCCAAUACCAUGCUAUUGUGUUUGAAAGCAAUGGUUCUUAUGUUGGACGAGAGGUGAUCUUAGAUUUGAUUCCAUAUGAAAACAUCAUGGUGAGCCGAGCACUGGAUACGGACAAAGCAUUUCUGGGGACACUUGGCAUUACUUCAGUGCCUUCCUGUUACUUGAUUUACCCAAAUGGGUCUCAUGGACUGGUUAAUGUUGCAAAGCCUCUACGAUCGUUUUUCUCCUCUCAUUUAAAAUCCUUACCAGAUGUAAGGAAAAAGUCACUUUUCUUGCCUGAAAAGUCCAACAAAGAAGAAAAAUCAGAGGUGGUGGUUUGGAAAGAAUUUGACAGGGCCAAGCUGUAUACUGCAGACCUGGAGUCGGGACUUCACUACCUGCUGAGAGUGGAGCUGGCUGCUCACAGGUCCCUGGCUGGAGCCCAGUUAAAGACAUUCAGGGACUUCGUGACUGUCGUUGCCAAGCUGUUCCCUGGCCGGCCUGCAGUCAAGAAGCUGUUGGAGACACUGCAGGAGUGGUUGGCCAACCUCCCCCUGGACAAGAUUCCAUAUAAUGCCAUCCUAGACCUAGUCAACAACAAAAUGCAGAUUUCUGGAAUCUUUCUUACCAGCCACGUAAAGUGGGUGGGAUGUCAAGGAAGUCGAUUGGAGUUGAGGGGCUACCCAUGCUCCCUCUGGAAACUGUUUCACACUUUGACGGUUCAGGCCUCCACCCAUCCAGAAGCGCUGGCUGGCACAGGCUUUGAAGGCCACCCCCAGGCUGUGUUGCAGGCCAUCAGGAGAUACAUUCGCACAUUCUUUGGGUGCAAAGAAUGUGGUGAACAUUUUGAGGAAAUGGCUAAGGAGUCCAUGGAUUCUGUGAAAACUCCAGACCAAGCUGUUCUCUGGCUUUGGAGAAAGCACAACAUGGUAAACAGCCGCCUGGCAGGCCAUUUGAGUGAGGACCCCAAGUUUCCAAAGGUUCCAUGGCCCACUCCAGACCUCUGCCCAGCCUGCCAUGAGGAAAUUAAAGGCCUGGACAGCUGGAAUGAGGGCCAGGUGCUUCUGUUCCUGAAACAGCACUAUAGCAGGGACAACCUGGUGGACGCAUACUCUGUGGACCAGGGCAGUCCUGGUGAGUGGGAAGCCCAGGGCAGAGAGCAAGAAGAAGGCAAAGGUCUUAACCCCUCAGGGAAGUCCUGGAGACACCAUGACACUGGGAGUCUCCGUCCACCCCAUAUCCUGGGUCCCAGAACUGACCUUUCCAAGAGCCUGCAUCACAGGCUGGACCUAAGACUCCAGAGCCCUCAGGGGCCCCAGGCACUUAAGGAGGCCAAGGCAGUUGUGCCCUUCCUUGGGGUUGGCUUCUCCAGUCUGGACAUGAGCCUCUGCGUGGUGCUCUACGUGGCCUCCUCCUUGUUCCUGAUGAUCAUGUACUUCUUCUUCAGAGUGAGGUCCAAGCGAUGGAAAGUCCGGCUCUACCACCCAGCUGUGUAGAGACCCUGGGGCAGUCAUGGCGAUACAGAGGAAGCUUUGAACCACCCACACACCUGCAGCUUUAAUGUUGGGAUCAGGGAUUUUGCAAAUGUGCCCAGCAUGGUGUCUGGAGGAGCAUGUUUUCUUUUUUUUUUUCCUAUGGAACAUUUUUGCCUUGCUGUUACCUUGUCCUCACCUUCCCAGCCUCCAUGUUAGACUAGUGUGUAUUUGGCCCUAUAUGCUAGAAGGGGGCAGGUCCAACCCACAGCCACACAGCCUUCCAUGAAGCCUCACAUCUACAUUUGUUACCUUCCCACCCACCCCCUCUCUCUGGGCACAGCAUCCAGAGAUGAGCAGCCAAAGCACAGAGGCCUCUACAGACAGCACACACCCUGCCACAGAUGUGGGCUGUGUUCCUGCAUAAGCCAAAAGUGCUUUCAUGGGGGCUCAGGGUGCUCUGAACUUGAACAAGGAAGUCUGAUCAUCUUGUGGGGUACAGGGCCUAGAGGCCACUAAGUUAUGUUGUAGCUUCCCUGCGUCUUAAAUACCCAGGUCAAGCUGUAGUGCAGUCUUGGUCUCUGUGGGGCAGUGCAGUCUCCAGGAAGCCUCUAAAGACCCUGUCAUGUCUGUCAUGUACACUACAGAAGACACUGGUGGUGGCAUGGGAUGCUACCCCUGUGUACUUGGUCUCCUGGCCUUGAGGGUAACUUAAAAACAACAACAUCAACUUAAAUACAUUAUUUGUAAAAUCUCAAUGGUAAACUUGUGCCUAAAGACUUUUAACAAAUGGACUAAGUCUACAUUUCUGGAAACAUUCUUACUGAGACCCUCCAUAGCUCAGGAGCUUCCUUUUAUUUGGAUAAAGCAAGCUAGUCUCUCUCUGUGUGUGUGUGUGUGUGUGUGUGUGUGUGUGUGUGUGUGUGUGUGUGUGUGUGGUGAGAGCGCAUGUGCGCAUGUGUGUGCAUGUGUGUACAUUCCAUUUUGCAUAUUCUAUCUUUUAUAUUUGCAUCCUUCCCAAUGACAGUUGGUCACAUGGGUACCAUUUAAGACCCUGUAUUAUCGAUGUCCCUGCUGCCACUUAAGAAAAUGGACAGCUGUCUCCUUGGGCUGUUAUUAACCCUCCUUUCAUCACAUGGCAGGAUCAGUUCUGAGAGCCAGACCUUGGCUGGGGCAGAUGGCCAGACUCAGCCACGUGAACCUCCUGCCUCACUUCCCUGUGGAGGAAGUUUCUUCUUUGAAACCUGGAGUCCUGUGCUUAAAAACAAACAAGCCCAGAUCAUCGUUAGGUGUUUCCAAGGAUGAACACUCCUGGUCUGUCAGCUUGAGAAUUGGGCCUAUUUAAGGACAGCUCCAGUGAAAUGUCUGAGCCCGAAGGGUGGCCCUGGGGCUGCCAUAGCACCCCACAGUGCCUGGCGUGGCUGAUGUUUGCAGAAGCCCACUCUGGGCAGAUCCUACUUUCAGCUGCUCUUGUACAGUCCCAGGUCAUCCCUUCUGGGGGACAAGCUUGCCACGGACAUCCCUGUUUGAACUGUUCAUUCUGCAGUGAAAAGGCUUGCAUCCCUCCAGGGACCCAUCUUUGGGCCAAGUGUAAGGUCUGUUUUAAAGUCUGAAGUUUUAUGAGAGGUAUUAAGAUUAAUAUCUAGAAUAGUUCAGUAAUUUAAAUGUUUAUUUAUUUUUUAAUGCAAAGAUUUUGAGUAAAAAGCAAUUGGCAUGAAAAUGUCAAUGAAAUUUCUUAAGGGGUACAUUUUGUAUUUAAGUAAACUCUAAUGUGCACAUUGUAAGAAUAAAGAAAUUUGACAUUUAGUAAAG